GAUACCACACCUGCGGCGAUACGGCGUUGUGGACGGACGGUUUUGUUUCGAAGGUGGCUCCCAUUGUGGCAAGGGUGAAGGCCUUCAUAUACUAGUGACAGAUCAGGCCGCUGAUAUUGCUAAAGACUUCGAUCUUGCUUCGCGAGGACAACUUUCCCCUAAACGUAGACAGUUCACAUACAAGAAAAGUGAUGGUUUUGAAAGUCCAAAGUCGCAGAAGGCACAUAGAUCAGAUAGAUCAGAGAUAAAUUCAAUUGAUCGGUCAUUGCCACCAACUGACUUGCGUCUGUACGAAGACCCAUGUAUAGGAAAUGCAGGUGAAAUAUCACCUUAUUGGCCUUCCGCAGAAAGAACAAACUAUGAUGAGAUGGGUCUUGGCGAUACUGCAUCAGUGAAUGAAAUGAUGGAAGGCAGUAACGUAUCAUGGAAUGGAACCAGUAAUGUAUUGUUGGAGCGAUGUAUGAGUUGUAUGUCCAAGUUAGGUGCUUUAUCUAGGUCAUCUACGGCCGUACUGACCCCUGGAGCUAAACCUUUUAGUCCAGCUUGGACAAUGGAAGAAGUAGAUGAAAGUAACAGUGAUGAAUUAGGAAGAUUGAAUCGCGACAGAGAUCAAUCAGCAAUAGUGAAAAACAAUGAACAAAUAUGUAGUUGCCAAAUCAUUGAACCCCCUGAACGUCCACCGAAAUCAAAUAAAUUAAACUUGAAACUUAACAUAAAACCACCUUUGCCCUUACCUAUUAGAUCAUUCAGCCACUCACAACUGUCGUCGAUACAAGAAAAUUUGUCUAAAGUGGGUCCUUAUGAAAACUAUGAUGUGCCAAAAAUACCAUCAGCAGAGGGUGACGGUGAGUAUUAUGAUACACCAAGAAGAUUGAAAGAAUGUUUAAAUAGUGAUUUAUUCAAGAUGACUAAAAGCUCCACAACAAAUACAAUUGUUUUAAAAAAGCCUUGUGGAUGUUUACUGAAGUUUGGUAAAAAACCAAGGCAACCAAUGAUUGUAGAUACAGAUGAAUCUUUUGAACAAUCUAAUUGUCCAUGUCAAAAAGUUUCUGAUUGGGCAAAUAAUUGGAUCAGAUUGCCAUAUUGCAAUAAAAAUGCAGAGAAUAAGGAUAACUCUAAAUCAAAUAAAGAAAAUAAAAUACCAAUUGCUGUGGAAAAGAAUGCUUUAUACGCUACAAUCGAUCUUUCACGGAAAACUAGGGGAAAAUCGCAUCAAAAAUAUUACACAUCCUCGAGUGAAAAUUUUAACCGGAGCUUAGAUUCACAAAGUACUGAAAUAGAUGAUGGUCCGUUAGCUAAUUACGAAAAUUUAAAUUUUGCUUUAUCGUUAGAGCAUUACGAAAACGCCAAAGACCUUCUAAAAAAGGCAGGAGUCACACAAAUGGAACUAGAUGCGUUAAGUGCUACAUUAAAUCCAGUUUUAGCAUUCAAAACGUUAAACAAAGACACUACAUGUCUUAAAUGUGGCCAUCCUCAAGAAAAAUCUAAAAACAGAUCCCACCACUCCGGCCUCGAUGAAUAUCUAUUGAUGGAACCCAAAUCGAGAGAAAAUAAUAAGCUUAAUUUAGAAAGUUCUACCCUUUCUGGGUAUACGCCCAUGUCACCCAUCGGAGGAUUUGCUAUUCAAACUUUGAAAACUCCCGCCAAAAUCGCAAUAAGUCGACUAUUGGAUGAGAAAUCAGCGAGCAACCCGACUCUGUGUGGUUCCCAAGCGAAUCUUUCUUCUCCUGGAGAUACGGAUAUCAGAGUGGCUCACGAGCGAGCCGAGUACAGAAAGAGGUCUAGCUCGGCAGACUCGUCACGAUUCCUCGAAGACGUGAAGGAGUUCGAAGGCAGUAUCGGAAGCCGUGGGUCCUCAUCAUCGAUAGAGACUCUGCGGGACUCGGGGCCUCUCACAAUGGCCACGUGUGACUGCCAGAACGGUAAACAUUCCGAUGCGGAUAGCUCGGAGGCGUCUAAAACUAUAGGCAACUCCGCGACGGCCGGCGGGAACAGGGACUCGUCCAGUUCCAACGAUUCGGGAGUAUCGAGUUGGUCGCUGCGCGGCGAGGGCGCCCCAGGGCCCGCUCACUUCGAGCUGCCUGCCACCACGGCCGCCGCCCGCCGCCGCUAUCGCACCGCGCGGCGCGCCGCAGCCUCGCCGCACGGCGCGCCGCACCGGCGCGCGCGCUCGUCCACCGCCGGCCGCAGCCCGCCGCCCGACACGCACAAGUGUUGCUCGGCCGAGGCGGAGGUGCCGCUGCUGAGCCCCCGGCCGCCGCCAGUCCAGGAAGUCCGGAUAACGAAGCUGCGGCCUGAUAUGGGACAGACCAGCUCAGCUGUAGACACGUCUGAGGUCUUCCAUGACGGUGUCACCACACUCCGUGGUGUAACAACAGGCUCCUACUGGCUCAUCCCCUCGAACUCUGCGAGCUACAUCAACCAGUAG